UACAACUGUAUAUUAUACUUAUACACUCACUCCGCUCGUUGUUUCCAAGGUUUAAGAACGAUUGGGUGUUCGGAGAUUGAGAAAUCGGUAUACAAGAGCGAAGAAGAAGCAUGGCAUGAUAAUCCACAAUCGUGUGUGUAAAUGCUACAAGUAUAGUCCAGGACCGUGCAUCCAGUAGAUAUAGAUAUAUACAUAAAAGUGCGCGAGAGUACGACAGUUACAACGACGUCGUCGCGACCGACGGGUGCAGAGUCGAGGUGGCGGAGGUGGUGGCGCUCGUAUAGAGAAACAUGAAGCGAGCCACGCGUAUUGGGCUGCUGCUGUUGCUGUUAUCGGUCCUCGGCUGGUGCUCCCAGGCGCUGAGCCUACCCGAGGAUGAUCUCGUCUUCGAGGACGAGGCGCCCGACCAGCAGCCCCAGCAGCACGUGAAGGAGCCCAAGCCCCGUCCUGGUAAAAAGUGGCGGCCCGUCAAGAGCCUCCUGGGCAUGCCCGACGCCGUCGCCCCGGCGGGACACCUCUUCAAGCUCGGCGUACCCAAGCAAGCUUUCUCCGGCAGCGUCGACUACUACGAGGUAAAGGGCAGCGUGAGCAAGGCGUUGCCGCACUGGCUUAACUGGGACGAGCCCGCGGCGGUGCUGUCCGGCGUGCCUUCGUGCAAGGACGCGGGGAAGCACAAGAUCCGAGUGAAGGCCUACGGGAAGCGCGACGACUUUGCCGAGGACUCGUUUUACAUCCAAGUCCCGAGGUGCAGCGAAUACGACGUCGAAUUGAGGGAAAGCUGCCCGGACGACCAGGGCCCUACGAUGCUGACGCUGCUCGCGGACGCUGAAUUUGGGAAGCUCACUGCCACCGACAAGGUCCACGCGAUCGAAAACCUAGCUGGCUUCUUCGGCCUCAACACGAGCUGGAUAACCAUCCAACCGUUCGAGAACAAGGACUCGAGCAGCUCUGGAGCCCGGCGACUGGUCCGCAAGUACUCCAAGGACAUCAAAUUCCCGACGAAAAUUCAGUGGCAGGUCGGCUGCGACGGCAAAAUAUGGCUGAACAUAAUCAACACGACGAGCGAAAUUCCGAACCAAGCGCGAGACGGGACGCUGACGGAGGUGGCCCAACUGCCGAUUUACAUGUGGAGUUUGCGCACCGAGCCGCCCUCGUUCGCCCGCAACCGCCGUGACGCUCGCGCUGGCUCGGGCGAUGGUCUUUUGCCGGAUGACGACGAGGACGACGAGGAGUACGACGAGGAUGACUACGACGAGAAUUACGACAACGGUGACGGUGAGGGUAUCACCGACGCGUCGCCUCAGGAGCCCAAGCACAAGCCGGUCGUUCACUCGGGCAGUACUUUUGCCGAAGAGCACCCGCAUCGACACCACCACGGCGAGGACAACGUAGCCGGCAUCGGUGCCAACAUUAACAACGAAGGAGAUCCGUCGAUUUGGGAUAACGCGGAGGUCAACAACGCUAUUGUUGUCAACAACGCAACGCCAACCAGCGAUUCACCAAUCACCUCGGAUUCCAACCCAGAGUCAUCUGCACCAGCCUCAACUGCAUCGCCAUCACCAACUUGGAGUAGCAACACAACUGAGAACGAAGGUGGCAAAUCCUUUGAUCCUUACGAUAACGUAAACGUACCAGGGUACGAUUCGACUUCCAGCUCCUCGAGCACAUCAACCUCGACAACAAGUACAACACCGCUGUUGACUCCAAGCACUACGUCUACAACUACGGAGAUACCAACUAGUCCUUCAACAACUAUCUCUUCAACCACAACAACUACGACUCCAGAACCCACGACAACAACAACGACGACGACUCCUACUAUGACGACAACUCCAUCGACAACAAGCACCACUGAAAGGAUUGACUUUGGCGGGCUUAACUUCCCACCAAAGGUUGAAAAGAGACUGAAGAAGAUCCCGAUAACGCAGGGUAAGCUACUUAGCUACACGAUUCCCGAGGAUACAUUCAGUGACGUUGAGGAUGGCAAUACAAGGAACCUAAGACUGAAGAUUUAUGAAAAGGGAGCACCAAUAAAGCCUACUUACUGGUUACAAUUCAAUGAAGAAACGCAAGAGGUUUACGGAUUGCCUCUUGAAGAGCAGUACGGUACAUAUCCAUUUGAAGUGAUAGCCAUGGAUAGAGAGGGAUUGAAGACGAGCGACAGACUUGAUAUUUCUGUGCAGCAGCACAAGCAAAUUCGUGCCGUCAAUCAUGAAUUCCACGUGUACUUGAAAAUCGAAAAGCGAAGUGAAUUCCCAACGAACGUUGAUUGGGAGCUCAAGGUAAUGCGUAGCUUGGCUGAAUUAUAUGGUGACAGUGAUUUGAGUUACAUUACUGUAAGGUCCAUCGAUAUCGAUCACGACCAAGCAAUUUACUCGUGGACGAAUGAUAGUUUAGUGAGAUCUGAUUCUUGUCCUCACGAAGAAAUCAAGAGGUUAUACAAAGUUCUAGUUGCCGAUGAAAAGAGCGAGGAGCCAAGUGAGCGUUUAACGCGCGUACUGGGUCCUGAAAUAAGACCCAAGCGAGUUGUAUAUCAAGGCUUGGAGCAGUGCCAACAAUCGAAGGAAACACAAGUUAAUAAGUACCCUAUGCCGAGAAACCAGAUAGAUCAGCUGAACGCAACAGUAGGCCAAUUGUUCGUCUACCGAAUUCCCAAGGAUACCUUCUUUGAUGAAGAGGAUGGUGACACUAGAAGUAUGAAAGCAUCACUUUUGACGGCAAACAGAAGUGAAAUACCGUCGCGAGACUGGUUACAAUUUGACAGCAGCAAUCAAGAAUUCUUUGGGGUACCUUUGAAAGAAGACAUUGGACGAAAGACGUAUCAAUUAGUUGUUAGGGAUAAAGAAAAUCUGGAGGCAACUGACAGCCUAGUCGCCGAGGUCCAUCCAGCUCCAGUCGUUCGCCACGUUGUUCAGAUCUCAAUAACGCUGAAUAUGCCCGUCGAAGCAUUCGCCCAUUCGGCCCAGAAGAAGCGCGAGUUCAUCCAAAAGCUACAGAAGCUCUACGGUGACAAGAGCACAAACGCCAUAUCCGUCUUGUCCAUUACAGGCAAUCGCGACUCGACCAUUGUUACUUGGCGCAAUCUCACUCUACCCACGUACGAGUGUCCGCACGAUGAAAUCACACGACUACGUCGUGUUCUGGUGAACGACAAUAAGAGUUUCACGGAGGAGCUAAACCGUGAAUUCAACAGCAACAGCCAACAGCCCGAAUUUGCCGUCAUUCAGAUAACGGUAUCGCAAAUGGGCGCCUGUCAAGACGUUGACAGACCAGACAUGCCACCCAUCGAUGACUCGACUUUCGUCGGAAAGAGCCACGACGACUAUCUAUUUACGUUUGUGCUGCCGGCGGUCAUUAUAGCCACAAUGUUGAUCCUGGCGGGCCUAAUCGCCUGUAUUUUGUACAAGAGGAGGCGAAGCGGAAAGAUGAGCGUCAGCGAAAAGGACGAAGAGAGGCAGAGCUUCCGAAGCAAGGGAAUACCUGUAAUCUUCCAAGACGAGCUCGAAGAAAAACCGGAUCCAGGUAACAAAUCUCCGAUUAUCUUGAAAGAAGAGAAGCCACCUCUACCACCGCCCGAGUACCAGCGCGCGGAGGACGGAGCUGACAUUCCGAUGUUGCCCAAAGAGAACUCGGAAGAACCGUAUCAGCCACCGCCACCCUUCGCGACGAAUCGUGACAACAACCGGCAAAGUCGACCAAAACCAACGUACAGAAAGCCACCGCCAUACGUGCCGCCCUAACAAAGCGGCCACAACAGUAGCAGAGCCGUCGCAGCCGCCGUAGCCGCCAACAACAACACGACGGUGCACUCGCCCACUCGCAAGUACAUGCUGGCGAUGCUAGGCGACGACUCGCCUACCCACGUCCAACACCAGGCCAUUGUGCCGGCGCGAUAUAACGGGGGAUCGCUCAUCGGCAACGGCUUUCACGAGCCGCGGCUUAUCCGAUAGACUCUCUUAUUGAUAGGUAUGAGCGCUCCUUGCGAUUUUGGGGGAUGAAAAGACACUCUGACAAAUAAGGUGAUUCGCUCUCGUACACCCGCCAACU